AUGGACGGAGUAAUUCCCGCCAGAAAUGGGAAAUCCGCGUUCAGAUAUACUUGGGAUGAAGAUGGUGCCGUGAAAAACAUCGAACCACUAGAAAAGGUACGAGCAAGGACCGAGGGUCUUUCGUCGCAUAGUCGUCACACACCGAAAGAUUCAAGCUCGAGGGUCAACUGGCCAUUCCAUUACCGCGCAACAUCUGAGGUGCCAUCGACGGCAGCUACUAGCCACUUCAGCCAUUUCCGGAGGGCGACUGCGCAAUCGAAAUCAUGGUUCAAAGAAGCAGGCGACUCGGCCAGCAUCCUGAGUAGAUCGCUCGUGCCAGACUACGUUGUGCAUUAUUUACGGGGAGAGACUCCCGAGAGUUUAGCCAGAAAAAAGGAAGAGGCGCAGUGGGGAGAAAGAAAUGUCGUACUCACACCUCAGCGCGAACGGCUCAUGUCUCAGCAAGCUUUCUUCGAGGAUCCAUUUGGCUCUCGGGCAUAUUUGGCUUUGGGGGAAUCUGAAAACGAAACUCCACAGCGUGGUGCAAGGAGGCUCCUGAGCGGUUGGCGUGGGGGCGUCGCAUUCAACACACUCUCUGCUUUUCUCAUACUGCUGGUCGCCGUGGUUUGUCUGGUCGUCAUCAUCACUGAAUCACAAACCUCCAACGGAGCAUCAACUUUGUAUUCCGGAUCCUGCACGACAGCAUACAAUCUCAAUACUGGUCUCCAUGUUCUGAUCAACGCCUUAAGUAUCGUGCUUCUCGUGGGCGGCAACUAUGUAUUCCAAGUACUUUCAAGCCCAACCAGGGACGAGCUCACGGCAGCGCAUGACAAGAAGCAAUGGCUCGAUAUUGGGAUACCAUCGCUGAGGAACUUACGACACAUAUCCACAACCCGGACCGCCCUUGCCACUGUCGUCUUAUUGGCCACCGUGGCGAUUCAAGUAAUCUAUAAUGCGGUAGUAUUCACUUCGCAAGCCAGCUCUUCUCCGACCUGCAGCGUCAUUAUCAGCAGUCCGCUACUGGGUGUGGUGGCCUUCCUAAAUUUAGCUGCCUUUGGUAGCAUCGCCAUAUUGUUGAGCAGGUCGAACUUUGAGCCACUUGCUACUCUCGGAGAUGCAAUCCGUACUUUCUUAUCACGCCCAGACCCUACAACAACCGGUACAUCUCUCCUUUCGAAACAAGAUGUGAGAGAUGGCCGUUGGGGUUAUGGGGAAGCCAAAUACUUCGCGCCAGGCGUACAUUUGUGGCUUUUUUCGCCUUCGCUUGCACGUUGGUCACUGAUGAUCUUCUCCUGGGUAGCACUUGCUGUGCCAACGGCACUUGCUCUUGGUUUAGCCAUAUAUGCUGACCCUGCAAGCAUGUCAACACAAUUUGGUACUGCCACACCUGACACCAGUUACCUUUUCCCCUCCCCAAUCUCGAGGUUGCAAAUGGCACUCUUGACCAGCCUGCCGCAAUUCCUCCUAGCAAUACUAUACUUGGUCACCAACUCACACCUGUCUACCUACUAUUUAUCCCACGAACUUACUCUUUUCGCCCUUGGGCCACGUGGGCUCCGGGUUUCAUCCGACCCUGCCGGAGCUCAGACGACAUCCUUAUAUCUCACGCUUCCACGACCAAUAUCGUGGGUUUUACUCGUCCUCUUCAUAGGCAUGGGCUUCGUCCUCUCUCAGGCUGUAUUUCCAGCCACGGCCACUCUCUCGGCGUCGAUUUCCACAUCUACGUAUGAUAUGAACCAGGCCAUAUCUGUCGGUCUUUCAACACAAGCGCUCUUAAUACUUCUAGCUCUACUUUUCGCUCUCAUGCUCAUGGUCGUGGGGUUAGGCUUGCGACAGAGUCCAGCGGCAGCCCUGGUGAACGGACAGGAGAAGGGAAAUCCGCUAGCGCUCAAGGGUGGUAGCUGCAGCGCGGCGCUCAGCGCCAAAUGUCAUACAGCUGCUGGAGAAGUCGAACCCUGGAGGCAGGAACUCACAUGGGGAGUUGUUGCUGAUGGAAUCGGAAUGCAACAGGGCCGGUGUGGGUUCAGUGCAUUGAGCGUCGGUGCCGUCGAUGUUGGUCGUGCUUAUGCAUAG